GAUGUCGUAACCGGAGGCUCUGGUUAAGGUUUUAGAAGUUAGGGUUUCGGUUUUUUUUUAACUACGAUUGAUUACUGGUGGGUUUUUUUUGUUUUGUUAUCGCGUUGGCGGAGGAAUGAGUAAGAUUCUGAUAGAGAUGAUUUUGCUGCGAGGGGCCCGACGUGAAGAAUGAACCGACUUGAAUGGGCUGAUGUAGUGGUGCAUGCAGCUUUGGAGCAAGCGCAGAGAACAGAGCUCUGAAGACUUGCGGAAUCGAAAUGGUUUGUUUGUGAGGGCAUGUUACCAACCGGGAGGCGGGGAUAGGGAGGGCUUUGAAGGCGGGAGUGCGCCUCACAGAGUCUACCUUGUACUACUGAAUCCUUGGUGUUGUUGAGGAAGGGAAGAAUACUCUCAAUCUUCAAAGAGGCUCAAUAUUUUUUUUGAUAAAGAUGAACCCUGAAGAUGGGGUCGUGUUGGCGGACAUUGAAGUGGCCGGGCGACUGCUCACUGACUCGAUUGCGAGAGAUUCCCGGUUCGCUUCCUGUGACCUACAGGACGCGCUUGAUGCAGCGCGAUUUUCAAGCCAUCCCUACUCGACGCCUCCUAAAGAGUGGCCACCGUUCGUUGAUGUCAUCAACUCGAUGGAACUGCCACCGGUCUUAAUUGAGCGGUACAACGCUGCCGGCGGCCAGGGUACAGCCCUUUGUGGUAUUUUUCCAGAAAUUCGUCGAGCUUGGGCCACUGUAGAUGAUACUCUUUUCCUCUGGCGAUUCGACAAGUGGGAUGGGCAGUGCCCCGAGUACAGUGGAGAGGAGCAGGCAAUUUGUGCCGUAGGGUUGGUCAAAGCAAAGCCAGGAGUGUUUAUUGAGGCCAUUCAACAUCUCAUUGUGUUGGCCACUCCGGUUGAGUUGGUGUUACUUGGAGUCUGUUGUAGUGGGAAUAAUGUUAGUGGCGAUCCAUUCAUGGAACUUACACUCCAACCUCUACCUCAGUACACAAUACCGACAGAUGGAGUCACAAUGACGUGUAUCACACACACUGAUUCGGGACGAAUUUUUCUUGGAGGUCGGGACGGCCAUUUAUAUGAGCUAAUUUACACCACAGGCAAUGGCUGGCAAAGCCGGUGCCGCAAGGUGUGCCAUACUGGUGGUCUGGGCAACCUUCUGUCUAGGUGGGUUGUACCUAAUUCUUUGAGGUUUGGCGCUGUCGAUGCCAUUGUGGAAGUGGUGGUUGAUGAAGAACGACACAUCCUCUACACUCGCACUCAGGAGUCUAAACUGCAAAUGUUUGACCUUGGGAAAAAUGGAGAAGGUGCACCCAAAAAAGUCGCAGAAGAAAGUCGUGUUGGGGAGCAGAGAGAUUCACGUGGACGAAGCGGCGGAGCCCGUGCUACAGCACGAGUUACUAAGGCAAAUAUUAUUUCUAUUGCUCCAGUAUCUAGUGUAGAGUCUAAGUGGCUGCACUUGGUUGCCACUACAUCUGAUGGGCGCAGAAUCUACUUGUCAACCUCUACAUCAACUGGUAGCAGUAUGACGAGUGGAACUUCUGGUGUGGGAGGUCAGAAGCCUUCAGUUCUUCGAGUUGUGAUGACUCGACCAGCCCCCUCUGUUGGUGUUGUAGUAGGCUCUAGUGCGUUUGGUAGUUCUCCUUUAGGUGUUCGUUUGGGUACUCAGACUGAAGGAGGUUUUGUCAUCAAGGCUGAAGCUGCUCACUGUUCCAGUGGAGUUUUGGUUCUCUCUGACGCAUCACCUCCCACAGUAUCUCGCCUGGUCGUAGCCACUCGGGAUCUUACUGGUCCAGCUUUACCGUCUUCUGGUAAUAUUUCCAUAGGAGGGCCAGGCUCAGCAUCACGCUCAAUGCGGUCCUUGCGAGAAAUGGUGACGGCACUCACUGUCGAAGGUAGAGCACUUGCUAUUGCUGAUGUUCUUCCACCUCCAGAGCAAGCUGCGGCAGUGGAGUUCUCAGUCAGUGAACUUGGCGGUGCAGCAGUGAGCAACCAGGUAAUCGGUGAUGAGAUGGUUCGUGCUCGGCGAUUGUGGGCUCGUGGAGAGCUUGCCACUCAACAUGUACUCCCUCGGCGAAGAUCCAUUAUCCUGAGCACAAUGGGUUUGAUGGAAUUAGCAUUCAAUCGUCCUGUUGAUCUUCUUCAGAAGCUUUUUGAAUCUAACACUCCUCGUAGUGUGCUGGAAGAUUUUUUUCAACGUUAUGGAGCUAGUGAGGCAGCGGCCAUGUGUUUGCUGCUGGCUGCAAAGCUUACCUCUGAUGAUGACAAUAUCAUACCUAAUGCCAUCGCUGAUAGAGCAGCUGAGGCAUUCGAAGAUCCAAGGUUAGUAGGAGUUCCUCAGAUGCAAGGAGGAGUUUCAGCUACAAGUGGCCUUUCGUCUGGGGGCGGCUUUAACAUGGGUCAAGUGGUGCAAGAAGCUGAGCCUGUUUUCUCUGGAGCUCAUGAUGGUCUUUGUCUUGCAACAGCACGGUUGUUGCGGUCUGUCUGGGAGCUUCCAGUGAUGGAUGUGAGGAAAGAUGCUGGAGCUGAGAGCAAUGGUGAUGGAGGCAUCAUUUCUUGCAGAUUGCCCGUUGAAGCAAUGCAGGCCUUGGAAGACAAAAUUCGUUCUCUUGAGCAAUUUUUGCGGGCUCGCAGAAAUCAAAGGCGGGGACACUACGGUAGAGUCAUGGGUCUUGGUGACAUGUCUGCUUAUGGCGAAAGACAUUCCAGUCCAUUUGGGGUUGAUGGUUUUGCUCGAGGGGAAAUACCUUCUAGAUCACCUUUGAUGAUUACCUAUGAAACCCCCCAGCCACGAAUAGCAAGGGCCAUUCUUCCAGGAUCUACUCAUAAAAGGCAACGUCUGCCCCAUAAAGAGCUCAGUCCUGCUGAACUUGCAGCUAUGGAGGUACGAGGUAUGGAAUGUAUACGACGACUGCUAAGAAGGUCAGGUGAGGCACUGAGGCUUCUGCAGCUUCUACAGCAACAUCACGUGGCUCGUUUAGCCCACAGUCUAGAUCAAUCUCAACGCCGACAGCUAGCUCAACUUACUUUUCACCAACUUGUUUGCUCUGGGGAUGGAGAACAAAUUGCUACUAGACUUGUAGCUGCUCUAAUGAAGUACUAUGUGGCACCCGAUGGCCGAGGUACAGUUGAUGACGUCAGCCGAAAGCUAAGGGAUGGAUGUCCAAGUUACUACAACGAAUCUGACUACCAAUUUUACCAAGCUGUUGAAAGUUUGGAGAGAGCAGCAAGCACUUCUGAUUCGGAGGAGAGGGAUAGAUUAGCCAGGGAUGCUUUGGACCUCCUUAGCAGAGUUCCUGAGACUGCUGACCUCCUAUGUGUCUGCCAGCGCUUCGAAGACAUUCGCUUCUACGAGGCUGUGGUGGAGCUUCCAUUGAGGAAAGCUCGUGCUGUAGACCCAUCUGAGGAUGCUUUUAACGGAAGCAUUGAAGAAGGAAGACGUCAAGCAGCUCUAGCAGCUAGACGACAAUGUUACGAUGUGGUGACAAAUGCACUUCGAUCUCUCAAGGGCCAGUCGACUACAGAUAGUGGAAACACCAAGAUAUCUUUCUCUGCCUCUGCUCCUGCAGCUAGAUUAUUGCUGGAUGAAGCAGCAAGAGAAAGUUAUAUCCGUCAAAUUGUUCAACUUAGUGUGCGAUGGCCAGACAAUGCUUUUCACGAAUGUUUGUAUCAGACUAUGAUUGAGUUGGGGCUUACCCAAGAACUUCUGGAACUUGGGGGUCCUGACCUGGUUACAUUUCUACAAAAUGCCGGAAACUAUGAAACUACCAAGGCAUGUCACAUAUCUGCUGGGACAUUUAAGUCACCGAUGCCUUCUACGACACCAAACAUCAGUCGUUUGCGGCAGCCAAUUUCAGGGGAGCAGGCCAAGUAUUUGGAAUUGUUGUCUCGUUUCUAUGUUCACAGACGACAGCACACCCUGGCUGCCCAUGUGUUGUUGCGGCUUGCAGAACGUCGACAGCCAGAAGGUGCCGCAGAGGUCACACUUGAACAAAGGUAUGAAUAUCUUAGUAAUGCGGUAUUGCAAGCUCGGAGUGGAAGCAGAGCUCCUGGUGGUCUCAGUCCAGCUUCAGAGCUUUCCGAGAGUGGUUUGAUGGAACUUUUAGAAGGCAAGCUUGCAGUUCUGCGGUUCCAACUGAAAAUAAAAGAAGCUUUAGACCGCAUAGCCUCUGGAGCUCCAGGUGAUCAAGGAGGAAACACACCCAUGGAGGAAGAUGACUUCCCAUUUUCAAAAGCCUUUUCAGGAGUUUUUGCUGAUGAAAGUAGAGCUCAUUCUGCAAGAGAAAAAUCCGAGGAACUCAGUACUGAGUUGAAGAGCAUCACACAAUUAUACAACGACUAUGCUGUGCGAUUUGAGCUCUGGGAGAUAUGUUUGGAAAUACUGCACUUUUCAAAUUACAGUGGGGAUGCUGAGAACAGUGUGAUGCGGGAAACAUGGACACGUCUCCUCGACCAAGCUUUAGCAACAGGAGGAGUAGGCGAGGCUUGCUCCGUGUUACGUAGAGUAGGCCCUCUGUUGUACCCUGGCGAUAGAGGGAGCAUGCCUCUUCAUACAAUUUGCCUUUAUCUGGAAACUGCUGCUCAUGAUAAAGUGAGAACCGGAACAGAAGUAGUGGGAGACGAAGAUAUUCCCCGUGCGUUGCUAGCAGCCUGUAAAGGUGCCGCUGAGCCCGUACAGCGGAACUAUGAUCGUGUGUUGGCGAGUGGAGCAAUACUGCCGAAACCUUCUUUGCGGCUUCGGAUCCUUCGUUCUGUUCUCAUUGUUAUGCGUGAAUGGGCUAUGACUCUGCUCUCUACCCGUAUGGGUUCUGGUGUCGUUGGAGGUUCUCUUUUGUUUGGAAGUGCUGAACAGGCUCUUAGCAACCAAGGCAUGCAUGAUAAGCUUACAAGUGCAGCGAAUAGGUAUAUGACAGAAGUUCGACGCUUAGCGCUGCCACCUGGAGAUGUGGAGCCGGUACUGAUCGGCUUCAGGGAGCUUGAGGAGAUCCUUCAAGGCUAGAGUGAUAUCAACUCCUGAAAUACUUAUAGGCUGACUAGUCGAUCCUAUUUCAUUGUACAUUCUUUGAUAUCAUGCCAUGAAAAAUGUGAGCAAUCUAUCAAGCAGUUGGAAUUUGGGUGCAGACAUUACCGCUGCAUCCGUUAGAUAGACUGCAGGAAGACCCACUACAUGAGAAUCAGUUCAAGUUAGGCUGGGCCUUCUGUUGACCACAUACUGAUGCGCAAUUGCUAGGACUUCAAAAGACUUCUUUGUAAAAUUAUUUGUGCCAUCUCUUGGAGUUGUUCCCGUGUUAUGAACCUUUUUCAUAAUUCAUCCUCUAACCUCCGUCUUUCAUAUCUGUAGGAAACUUCCUUGUUACCAUGACAUGGGAUUUAAUAUGCACUUGUCAACUAAUAAACUUGAUUCGUUUUCACCUUC